AAAAAACGAACUCUAACCUGUGUCAGAGGAAGUGAAGGAUUUGAAGAUGAGAUUUUGGGUCACGUUAGAAACUAACCAGCAGCACAAACAAAACACACAUUCACUCUCAAGAAGUGAGAGCAGGACACAACAUGGACGAGCUCGAUCUGCUGUUGGAGGAGCUGGCCCUGAACUCAGGGGGUUCACAGAGUCUCAGUGAGAACAGGAGCAAUGACCCUGCUGCUGGAGAGGUGGCAGCUGCACUUGACUCUGGAAUUACUAGGAUAAGAAAAGGCCCAGUCUGCUCCAAUGUGUACAGUGAACCGAAGGCUCCUGUGGCAGCUUCCCCGACCCCCGACUCCACCACUAAAGAGCUGGACGCUAUCUUGGAGGAUAUGCUGGGUCUGGGACAAGAGUCUUCAACGACCCCGCCGCCUCUCGCACAGAAACAGUCUGUGAAAAAGAAACCAGUAGGUGGUCAACAGGAGCACAAGGAGAGCAGCAGCAGCAGCACAGCAAGUUCAGAUGCAAACGUCUCGACCACGAGCAGGAAAACAGACGCGAUAGAUGACCUGCUCGGAGGGCUGAGCUCCGACUUGGAGAAGAUUGGCGUGCGCACCGCGGCCAAGGGCCACUGUGCAUCCUGCAACAAAAGCAUCGGAGGAAAGAUGAUCAUGGCGCUGGGUGCAUCGUGGCACCCUGAGCACUUUGUGUGUGUGGUGUGUAAGAUGGAGCUGGGCUCCACAGGCUUCUUUGAGAGAGACGGACAGCCGUACUGCGACAAAGAUUACCAUCAGAUCUUCUCUCCACGCUGCGCCUACUGCAAGGGCCCCAUUGUGCAGAACAUCCUGACAGCUCUGGACCAGACCUGGCACCCCGACCACUUCUUCUGCACACACUGCGGAGGCCUGUUUGGACCUGAUGGUUUCCUAGAAAAGGAUGGGAAGCCUUACUGCCGCAAGGACUUCUACCAGCUCUUUGCUCCCAAGUGCUCCGGCUGUGGGGAGUCAGUGAGGGAGAACUACCUGACUGCAGCCAAUGGCACCUGGCAUCCAGAGUGCUUCGUCUGCGCAGACUGUCUGAAGCCCUUCACUGAUGGCUGCUUCAUGGAGUUGGACGGCCAACCCCUCUGCUCACACCACUUCUACUCCCGGCAGGGCAUCCUGUGCGGCGGCUGCGGCGAGCCCAUCACGGGCCGCUGCAUCUCUGCUCUCGAUUGCAAGUUUCACCCCGAGCACUUUGUGUGCGCCUUCUGUCUGCGGCAGCUCAGCCAAGUCAACUUCAAGGAGCAGAAAGGGAAGCCGUACUGCUCGCCUUGCUUUAACAAACUCUUCGUGUGAGACUCAGAACAUAACGGCAGCAGAAAGUCAUCAAAUGCAGCGUCACUGAGUGUUUGCAUUGGUGCAGACGAGCAAUAAAAGUUUACCUUCUUCAGGACGAGGUACCUGACAUUUGAAUGAAUUCCAAAUUAAGAGCGUGCAACAUGAAAUGUGAUGUAAAUUGUUAUUAAAUUAUGUAUACAUAUCAAGGGGAAAAUGCUCACAUUGUAACAUAAUUGAUGAUGUGGUUAUACAAAUACACAUUUCUCAUUGAAGGAACAUUGAACACAUGUGAACUUUGGAUGGAUCUAAAAGGUGUGUCGCUGACACUUAGACACACUUAAAGCAUUUCAUACGUCAUGAUCACAUAAAAUGUAUAAAUGGAGAAUGAAAAACACACAAGUGCAGUUUUAAUCCGUGGUUCCCAUUAAACUAUCCUCAGUUUGCCGUAAGAGUUGGCAGUCUGCAGCAGUUUGUCGAGGCGCUGCUCUUUGUGGCCGAUAGCUUGUAUUGGCAGUGGCUGGCAGGGAAUCGUCGUGCCAACCUGAGUUUCCUCUUACUCCGACUCACCAACCUCUUCAAUCUUCACACAGGCUCCUUUAUAGACGCCCAUGGAAGAUUAAUGAAGGUGGUGAGGUGAACAAAGGUGGUUUCAGAAGGAGCUCGUUCAAUGCAGCUCUUCAGCGACUCACUUGGACUGUCGAGGGAUGAAUCAGCCACAGAGUGUUUGACAUGUGUUUCUGGUGAUGCACCUUGCACGUCUGGGCCCAUUUCAACUCAUUUCAACUUCGACUCAUAGAUUUUGCACAUUUAGGAUGUAAUAUGAAAUGUUUUAUCUGUUUAAAUGUGAGAUUUUGUUGUCAGUUCUGAAGAAUUACAUCAUAACAAAAUCAAUGUUUGCACAAAUAACCAAUUCAAUUUCCAAAUUGUACUUAUAGCAACAACGAUUAUCUAUUAUCUAUUCUUAAAUAAAUCAUAAAUACAUUGAA